AUGGGAUCAAUUGCUCAAAGUGCCAAAGAAACACUGACUACAGUCGCCGCCGGAAUGACGCAGAACAAGAAGAUUGCUGAUCUCCAGCGCGAUAUUAAAGACGCCCACACCAAACAGAACACCACGACCGAUUUCGGCGUCAAGAUUGAUGACCUGGAUCACUGGUUGAAGAACGUCGACGAGAAGAAUGGACGGGUUGGUUCGCACUAUCUGGAGGAUCAAAUCGGCCGCGAACGGAUUCAUCGAUUCGACCAUGAACGCAUUCCCGAACGCGUUGUCCAUGCCAGGGGUGCCGCUGCCCACGGCCACUUCAAGCUCUUCGAAAGCGCGAGCGAUGUCACGUCGGCUGGCGUCCUGACCGAUACCUCACGCACGACUCCCGUCUUCCUUCGCUUCUCCACGGUCCAAGGCAGCCGGGGAAGUGCCGACACCGUUCGUGACGUUCGUGGGUUUGCAGUCAAGUUCUACACAGAUGAAGGCAACUGGGACAUUGUGGGCAACGAUAUUCCGGUCUUUUUCAUCCAAGAGAGCAUCAAGUUCCCGGACAUCGUCCACGCGGUGAAGCCGGAGCCGCACAAUGAGGUUCCGCAGGGUCAAUCUGCACACAACAAUUUCUGGGAUUUUGUGUACCUCAACAAAGAGUCCACGCAUAUGUACCACUGGAACAUGUCAGAUCGAGGCAUCCCACGAUCCUACCGAAUGAUUCAGGGAUUUGGCGUCAACACCUACUCCCUGAUCAACGCGGAGGGAAAGCGUGUGUUUGUCAAGUUCAUCUUCACACCUGAGCUCGGCGUUCACUCUCUUGUCUGGGAUGAGGCUCUGAAGCUUGCUGGCCAAGAUCCAGAUUUCCAUCGCAAGGAUCUUUACGAAGCUAUCGAAAAUGGCGCUUUUCCCAAGUGGAAGUUCGGCAUUCAAGUCAUCAAGGACGAGGAUCAAGACAAGUUCCCCUUCGACAUCUUCGAUGCCACGAAGCUGUGGCCCGAGGAGGACAUCCCUAUUCGCUACAUCGGCGAGCUUGAGCUCAACAGGAACGUCGAUGAGUACUUCACCGAAACCGAACAGGUUGCCUUCUGCACAUCUCACAUCGUGCCGGGAAUCGACUUCUCACCAGAUCCUCUUUUGCAGGGCAGGAAUUUCAGCUACCAGGACACGCAGCUAUCACGACUUGGGAUCAACUGGGAGGAGCUUCCCAUCAAUCGGCCAGUGUGUCCAUACAUGAACUUCAACCGCGAUGGCCAGGGACGCCACACCAUCACCAAAGGCCAGGUGAACUACUGGCCAAACCGGUUCACCGCCAAUCCGCCGGCAAACCAUACCGGCGCCAAGGAUGGAUUCAAGUCCUUCCCUGCUCCCGAGUUCGGCGUCAAGUCCAGGUCACUGCCCUCGGGUCCGAAAUGGUCAGAUUAUCUCUCCCAUGCACAGCUUUUCUACAACUCUUUGUCGCCGAUCGAGAAGCUUCACAUGACCAACGCGUUCUCCUUCGAGCUUGAUCAUUGCGAAGACCCGACUGUCUACACCCGAAUUGUGGACCGCUUGACCGAGAUCGAUCUCUCACUGGCGCAGGCUGUAGCAGAGAAGUGCGGCGCCCCAACACCCACCGAAGCGAAAGCCAAGAACCACGGCAAGAAGGCCAAGGGUCUCUCCCAACUCGAGUACAUGCCCGCCGAGCCCACAAUCGCAUCCCGGCGUAUUGCCAUCCUCAUCGCAGACGGCUAUGACCACGCAAGCUACUCAGCUAUUGUCAGUGCCAUCCAAUCCCAGAUGGCAUUGCCUUUCACCAUUGCGCCGAAACGCCAGCCCUGUACCGCCUCCAAUGGCAAAGACACUGCGCAGCCAACGAGUCACUUCAAUGGCAUGCGCAGCACAAUGUUCGACGCGGUUAUUGUGCCUAACGGCAGUCCGGACUCGAUCAAGACGCUCAUCACGAAUGGCUUGUCGAGAUUCUGGGUGCGCGAAGCAUUUGGCCAUGACAAGGCCGUCGCUGGUGUCGGAGAGGGUGUGAAGCUCGUCCAAGCGGCUAUCGCAGAGGCAGAGGGCUAUCAGGUCGUCGAUAAUGCUGCGCAAGGCGAUGGAGUGAAGGAAUGGUACGGAGUCGUCACGGGCGGGGCGAAGGUAAAGCUAAGCACCGACUUCAAGAUCACUCAGGAUGGACAGGGUUUGCUCGAGCAGUUCUUCUUCGGCGUCAGUCAACAUCGUUGCUGGGCUAGGGAGCUGGAUGGCUAUGCAAGCAUGGUCAGUAUCUGA